CGGGAAGGUUGUAUCCUGUUCGGAACUCACCUGGUUGGUUGGUGAAUUCUGUAGUGUGUACUUUAUAGGAAACUGGUUAUAUUUCCACGUAUAAUACUGCACAGCAAAAAGUUGUCAAUCUGCUCUAAAAUGCAUACGGCAUGUUAAAUGAUAUAGAUUUGUUCAACACUUUACCUAAGGGUGCAAAAAUUUUCGCACCGCAAACAAAUGACAACUUUUGUGUUGAAGGAACAUCAAAUUCGUCAUCACCUUUAAACUUUGGUGCGAACCAGCCUCUUAGACCGUUUUCCCAUCCCUCGCACUUAUGUAAUAAAGAUCUAACUUCACACUGUCUCGAAGACCAUGUACAUGCACCUGUACUUAGUUACACAAGACCAUCUAGCACACCAGCUUCCAGUAAGUCUGUCAAACAUGCUGCGAAAAAGCUUACUGACUUCUUCCCAUUUCCGGUAGCAGUUGGAUAUUCAAGUCAGUUGUGUGGCGAAAGUCCCGCCAUCGAAAAACUUGAAUUGUGUCGUCCUAAUAGUUUUACUCCUUCGAGGUUUACGCCUCUCAAAGAGGAUUCAUCAGUAGAUCCAGUUGUAGAUGAUCUGGUAAACAACACAAUCCCAUAUGAGGUAGAUGAUAAAGACUCUUUGUUCACUACACAGGCAUUUACAUCCACGGGGGACGAUGAGGUGUAUGAUAGUGAAGUUCCUUCUGUCUAUGAUCAUAAUCAGCCACUGAAUAGAACUAGCACUGUCAGAGCUGGAGUAAAACGUCCACAUUCCGCCGCAUUAUGUUACACUCACUGUUCAGAUGGCGGAGAUCCUUUAACACGUCCUCUCUCAGCGCCAAAACGUUUAAUUGAGGAAAUGCAUGUAUCUUCUAAUCUGAAUAGUAUUCUAUCAUCUCCUGAUGAUACCCCAAUAUCUUCAGUGAAGUUCUCAAACACUGAUCCUGACGCCCCUAAAUCUACUCUUGAAGCUUUGGUGGCCUCAACAUCUCCGUUGACGUUUUUCCCCCAUGAAUUUCCAAUCGAUUCAGAAUGUGAUGAGAAAUUUCCAGAGUUUGCACCUCAAGUUUCACACAGUUUAAUGAAUAAAAAUAUUAUGAACGACUUGUCUUAUUCAGUUGAUUUAACAUCACCGAAUACCGAAUUUUCUAUCAAAGGAGAAGUUGAUUUAAAUGCUAUUAAUUCAGUUCCAUCAUCGAAAUCUAUGACAUCCUUGGAUUUAAAUGAUCCUAAUUUCAAAUGUCCAAACUCUCAUGGCAGUCAUAAAUCUGUAUACAGUGAUCUGGGUUUAAUCUCUGAUGUCUUGGAAAAUAAUAAUACAUCUGCGGCAACGCAUAUGAAUGAAUAUGUUCAAGCCAUAAGGACAUAUGCUGCUGAGUUAUGCCCGGUAGACUGUGUGAUUUUGCUUGAACAUUGUCGACCUUUCAACUGUGAUAGCCUUUUCAUGAAGUAUUUUCGUGAUCAGUAUCUCUGUCCAAUUUUGAGCAAUUUAAAUGGAGGUCCCCCACUCAAUGCUGAUUUUGGAAGAGAUGUCUAUACAUCCCUUUAUUCACUUCAUGGCUUCUGUUGGCGCAAGCCAAUGCAAACAACUACGCUGAUGCCUGAUACACCUAUAAUUUAUAAGAUUCUAAAAAGAGUUGCUACUAUGCAACAUGAAUCACGUCACACCAGUGAUCAAAUUAAUCCUUCUGAAGGUACACCUGGUCAUGAGUUAUUACAAGCAGCAGUCAGAGAAUUCGAUGCCAUUGAUCGAGCACGGCGUGGUUUAUGCAAAAAGGUUCAAAGACAUCUAAUACUCCUAGCCAUGUCUCCAGUUGAUACAAGUAAACUCUGGGAGUCAGAUUCAUCUUUUAUAGAAUUGGGAGACAAUGGUUCUAAACUAAACUCUCAAGAACCACUUAAAAAUUUAAGGAUGAGAGGAGUUGCUUUGAGUGUUUUUUCACCUAUCCAAAGUCCAAGUCUUUUGAAACUGUAUGAAUUAGUUAAUGGAACUCCAGCCUCACCUUUCUAUGAUCGACGCUGGCAAACAGUUGCUUUAUCAGACAAACUAUUAGAAUCAGAUAUACCUGAAAGACGAAUUGUCGGUCCUAUGGCUGCAGCUUUUCAUGCUCAAACUGAGGCUGAAUUGUCUAUCAUCGAGCAUAAACAGAUUUUCUCUAAACAGACACUCACAAAUGGACAUUCCAAUAGAAUAAUUGAUGAUUCUCAUCCUCCGUCUCAUACAAGUGCACUUACAAGCGAUCACAGUUUAAAUAAUCGUUGCGUUGUUAUCAGUAAUAAUAAAUAUCCAGUUCAGGAACAGAACUUGCAACAAUCCACAUACUGUACAGAAACGUCUGCUUAUCCCAUUACUUCGAAUUCAUCUCUAACCAUAGCGACAGAUGGCUCUUUCCGUACUGAUUCUAAUUCUUGUGGUGGAAACAGUUCGUCCCAGUACACAAACGACGGUUUAUCACCUAUGGCAGUUACUCAGUUCUGUGCUACUGCUUCACCCAUUGGAUCCUAUCAACGUCCUUUACGUAAUCCUUCGGCACUUGCACCUAUUCAAUAUCCACCAACUAUUGUUCCUAAUUAUUCUGCUCGAAGUGUUUGUAAUAGUCGUGGUGGUUCAGAGAGUAAUAAUAAUACUAAUAACAAUAAUAAUGUACGAUCUGUUGAGGGUAUUACACCAUUGGCAAACUCACUAUCAGCUGGUCAUUCUGGACCCAAUUCGGUUGAUCAAACACCUGGAAAUGUAUAUGGCUCUGAUUCAGUAGCUACACCUCAAGGAAUGUAUGCCUCCCAAACUGGAACUGUAUCACCUUUACAGGUGGCUAACAAUUCUCAUCCAGCAUCCCAGCUUCAUUCUCCACUAGCUUCUGGUGGACUACAUUCGCAUCAACUAAUACCAUCCUCAAUUCAGUCUUCAUACAAUGCCUAUCAUCAUAACACUAGUCAUAUAUAUCAGAAUCAACAGUCUCUAUACGAUCAAAAUACAUCAAAGGUAAUGCCUGGUACUGCACCUUCACCUAAUUUACUACAAAAUUCUUUUCGGCCUUCAUCAAAUGCGCCCUCACCCAGUUCACAAUUUAUACCAACCACAGUGAACACUUCUGGUCUAUCUUCACCGUGUUCAUCGCGUGUGCCUAGCAAACAAUAUUCUCCUCAACUAACACCUCAUCAACAACAAGGUUCUCCUCAAAAUCGUCUAACUUGUCCUGGAGGAACUCAAAAACCAAUUCACUCUCAGUUUAUUCGCGGUAAUAAUAAUAGUAGUAAUCAAAUGUCAACAUCAAAUAAUCAUCAAACAAAUGAAAAUUUCACUACACAUUCCAGAUCUAAUACACCAACGAAUACAGUUUAUACUAAUAAUGCAACAAUUAAUUCUAGCCCAUUGAAUAAUCCUCAGUAUGCCAAUUAUAUACCUAAAGAUAAUUUACAACAACAACACCACCAACAGCAGCCACAGAUGAAAAUAUCCAGUCCUCAAUCUUCUUCAUGUCUUCUCGGAAAUGAUAGUAAUGUAGUACAGCAUUCAUCGAAUCCACCUUCUCAACCCAGUAUGACUAUUUCACAACAAAAUCAUCGUCGGUCACAUAUUCCAGCUAAUACAAAUAUAUCUGUCCAUCAAUCGUCUCAAAUAACUCAACAACAGUCACAGUUGUGUCCACCUAGAUCUGUGUUUUGGGAAGGCGAAAUUCAUGUUGCUGAUCCAAAUGGUAUGUCUAUGACUAAUCGUUUUCCACUACGCCUACUGUUAGAACAAUGUGCCGUACGUGAUGUGAGUCAAAUAAAUUUACAAAUGUGGGGACCCGUAGCACAAUUAUCGAUUAUUCAAGCUUAUAGAGAUAGUCUAUUGGUUGAACGUCUAUCAAGUCCACUUGGUAAUGGUCAGUUAUUAGCUCGUUUAUUAGUCGAUUUACCUGAUUCUAAUGAUGUUAACAAUUUAAGCGCAUUACUGUCAACACAAACAAAUCAAAUGAUUAUGCCAUUGGGGAUUUUGUCACCAUCCACUUAUCGUUUAUCUAAUCCUAUUCAACCGGGUAUUGUAGGAUUUAUCUGUUUAAUUUACAAUCCUAAUCGUAAUCGAAUUCAUGGUUUUGUACCGUAUGACUCUGAACAAUUUCGACAAGAUAUUGUAAUGGGUCGUUAUACGAAUACAAGAUCAUCUAAUAACAUGACUCCUGAUUUGAACAGUAAUCUGUCUGGGAAUCAUUUUCAACGGGUUCAUUCAAAUUCCCAGACAUUCUCACAAGGACAUGUUGAUAGUGCAGGAACUAUGUUAAAUAUAAACUCUCAGUACAUGAAUACACCACACAUGGCAAAUAAUAAUAAUAUUCCACCUCGUGAUCCAAGUCCGUGUAAUUCCGUCAAUCCUACAUACCAAUAUCAAAAUCAAUCCUCACAUAUUCCACAGUAUAUGCCACAACAUGUUAAUUCACAAGCACAAAAUCCAUCGAAAUCACAAAUUUUAGGAAAUACUGCUUAUCAAACUAUUCAAUUGAAUCAACGAUCUACUCCAUCACCACAUAACUUGCAUGAUAAUUUACAGACUGGACCUACCUAUAUGCCACAAUAUCCAUUAGAAUCAGAGACAUCAACUCAAUGGAUAACUAAUAGAACUGAUACUGUAUCUCAUCAGAAUCAACAACUUUCGAUUUCAAAUAAUACCAUACCAAACCAGUCUGUACGUGCAAUACAGUCUGGUCAGAAUUCUCACGUGAUUCAGGUACUGUUCAAAUUUCCUUUAUUGGGUAUCAAGUGAAUUCCUCGUUUAUCAUAUCAAAUUCACGCAUUUCCAAUUAAUACAUAGGGUUCUUUCAUAUCAUUUCCUACCAUCUCUGACUAUAUAUACAUAACAUACUGAUUAAGCUGAACAGCAUCGAAUCGAAGAUUCCCAUUUUUCACAGGAUUGUACUCAUGACGAGUUGAAAAUGCCAUCCAAUGACUUGUUUUUCUUUGUUGAGAAAAAUGGAAGUAUCAAAAUUAGUAACGUGAUUACUCCAGUAGUAGUGACCCAUGAUGGGAAUUUAUCAGUAGUCAACUAAUUGGAAUAUUAUGUAAUCUGCUUUCAUUUAUUCAGUGUACUGAUAAGUCUUCUAACUGAGCGUUUGAUUCGGUUUCUUAAGCUCUUCUUGUAAUAUCGAUGUCAAAUCUAUACGGCAUCUUGAACUUGAGAGAAAAGGUGCGGAGUUUGGAAAGAACGCUUUACUCCAAGGAUAGUUUAUGUAUAGAAAAUCUCGAACAUUUUUAGCAUUUGACUUUGGACUUCUGGGAAGUUCUGGAACUCUUCUAAACAUAGAAGAAGGAUAGGUAAUCACCCAGUCAGAAAUGUGACAUGUGACUUUUCACUUUCUAGAUGUUUCUGAGCUUUGAUUGAAUACUAAUUGGAUAAGAUACUUCACAGAGUUUUCAGGUCUCCACUGGGCUUUUCUCAAAGAAUUUUUUGGGUCUUCCUAACAUGCACAAUUUCGUACUCUGUUUGAUCGUGCUUUAAGUUCAUGACGUUUAAUUAAAAAGAAGUAUACUUUGUAAUUCCCUCAAGUGAAAUAAGUUAAUUUUUCAUGAUUUUCAUGUUAGAUCUGGUGAAUGUUUUCGAAUAAGAUUGACUUAAUUUUCUGCUUUUUUGCUAUCUAUACGAAUUUUAAAACUUUUAUGAUAUCCAGAUGUAGAGAAAACAUUAAAUGUUUACAAUCUUGUCUUAAGAAAAAAAUAAUAUGAAACAAAUAUCGAGAUAGACCUCUCUUUAAAACAAUCUCAUCUCCAUUUAACAUUGUUCAGUGUCAAAGUAGUUUUUAUUAGCAUCGUGAUUUUUUUAUCGUUUUAGUUAAAAUAUGCUUUAUUUUUCCAUUUCACAAGCAACCUGUUACUCAACGAUCUGCAGUAUCCACUGGGUAUAGUAAUACCACUGCUUACCAUGGUCAUCCUCUUUCAAGACCUAACCUAGAUCGCCUUAAUGCUCCAACACCAGUUCCAGUGCAAUGUAAUUCCAUGACUGAUCCUUCAGUUAUGUUAGAUCAAACUUCUAUCCACAAUUCUCCACUUACUAAUGUACUCUCUCAUGGGCAACAGCAACCUCAGUCCCACUUUAUUCCAAGUGGUUCAAGAAUCCAGAAUACUAUUCCAUCUAAUUCUGUUAAUUCAUACCAUCGAAAUAUCGUGCCACAAAACCCAGGAUAUUCUCAACCUCAAUCAUUUAAUCAAAGAGAUCAUUAUAUGGCUACACAGUCACAAACUCACCUUUCACCAAGUGGUAAUAUUGGAAGCGGUUACACAUGUUAUCAGUCUCGUAACAAUAUGGUAACCAACAAUAUACCAAAUCCAUCUGGUCAUCGUUUUGUUCCUGGACCACCUAAUGUAGGCACUUUGCAAAUGUCUAAUCAACAGUCACAUGUUCCAAAGCAUCAACACACACCUGUACUUUCACAAGGAGAAAAUAUAAACAAUCGACAUGGAACAUUUGGUCAUCAAAGUGCACAUAUCCGUCCAAGCCUGUCUAACAUUAAUUGUAAUACUUCAGUUGACGGUAUUGGACCUCACUAUGCUAUCCCUUCACAAGACCUCCCACAGCAUAUGAUACAUUCAAACUUACACGGAUCAUUAAGACAACAACCUUCAUAUGACUCCUGUGGUCCUAGUGGUGGUGGUAGUAACUCUCAGGGCUUUAUUUGAUCCUAUUCACUUCCGAUACCUAUACCGUUUAACUUUCUGUGAUUUUCAAUGUUGUGCCUGAUCUUGUCACAGUCGUUUUAUAUAGGCUUAACUUCACUGAUAAGUUCGUUUACCUCUUUUACACUGUUUUUUUAGCCUAGUGUAUGAUGUUGAUGAUGAUGAAAUUCACAACUACUGUUUAUAUGUCUAUUGGUGAUCAGGAUUUAAAUCUCAUGUAUGUAUAAUUGAUAGAUUUUUUGCCCAUAUCACUUGUCUUUCUUUUGUGUUUCUUCUCAAAAUUUUUUGUUUCUUAAUCUUUCACAAGCACUUAGCUUAAUUGUAUUCCCUUACAAUUUACACACAGAACACAGCUGUUUAUGCACAUAAAAAUGAUUUUUUACGUACAUAUUAUCACGAAGACUGUUGUUAUAAAUGCUUUGGUUAUUAUUAUUAUUAUUGCCACUCUUUGUAUUAUGUUCGUAUUAUUAAGUUUAACCAACUGUAACUAAUAAUCAUAACCGUGUACAUUAUUAUUAUUAUUUUAAUUGUGUGCUUUAUUUCCUGAAAUUCUACAACCCUUAAUUCUUCGAUAUGUCUCCCUGGUGUUCUUGAAACCAUCCAAUGAAAAGAAAAGAGAAGCAAAAAUAAACAAAUCCAUUGUUUGCACUUUAUUAUUGAGUGCAUAGUGAAGUUAUUGUUACGUUAUUUGUUUUUUCUUUAGAGAAUAGAAUUAACAUCUUUCAUGUAAAGAACAUAUAUAUAUAUAUUGAAUAUUAGUAAUGAUCUAUUUCUUCUUUUCCAAAAAUUAAUAAUUACUAAUUCCAUUAUCAGGUCUUGUAAGAGUAAUUUAUUGGAUGUAGGGUAACUAUAAUUAUUUUCUGUUUUCAUUAUUAAUGUCAUUCUCAGUUUUAUGUGCUUGUUUCAUUCUUUCUCAUUACACACGCAUAUACUCUUAAACUUUUUUGUUAUAAAAAAGACAGAAAUUUAUUGAACUUUUCGAGUUUGAACAGUGAAUAGUUAUAAUUUUGAACAUAGGUCUUUGCUAAAUUUCAUACAUAUAUGAGCUGCUGAGUAAAUAACUGAAUAGUCGAUUAAUGUUGGACCACCAUUAAAAACCUUGAAGCA